AUAGCUGGACACUUUGCACUGUGUCUUGCCUGUUUGCACGUGUGUUUGGCAGCUGCAGUUAACAGCAUUGGCGUGUUGGUACAUUCAUGCAAGACACAGGAUGGGAGCUCCUGGCCUCUCUUUUGCUCUCUUCUUCCUCUUCUUCUCUCCCGUACGAGCCCAGUGGUGGAGUUUCCUGUGGGCGAACCCCAAAACCAGCACGAGCUCUACUCCUUCCUCCAUUCCUCCCUCCAUCACUUCUCCAUCCAUCACUCCAGGGACAACAGAGUGGGUGACAGAGAAAGGUCCGGAGGGUAGCUCUCAGAUAGAGGGGUCUGUGCUGGCCCCUACACCCAGCUUGGGAGAGUUAAUCUUUGGCUACAGCACUGCAGAACCUUGGACUCUACGUCCAGAGGAGAACGCAGCUGGUGACAGCAAAGCCAAGAACCAGUACAAACCACUGAAACACUGGAAGAGUGAGCGAGGCUCAGGAGGUCAUCUGGACCUGAUGGAGUUAAUUGGCGUCCCCCUCCCUCCCUCUGUCUCCUUCACUCCUGGCUAUGAGGGUUUUCCAGCCUACAACUUCGGGCCUGAGGCCAACAUCGGCCGGCUCACCAAAGCCUUCGUGCCAGGGUCAUUCUACAGGGACUUUGCCAUCAUCGUCACGGUGCGUCCAGCCACUCAGAGAGGAGGCGUGCUCUUUGCCAUCACAGAUGCCCUCCAGAAGGUGGUGAAGCUGGGUUUGGCCCUCACUCCAGUGCGUGGGGGCCUCCAGAGCAUCUUACUGUACUACACUGACAGAGAGCAAGCGUCCCACAGCCACAAGGCUGCUGCCUUCAGUGUCCCAGAUAUGACCGACCAGUGGACACGAUUCACAGUGGUGGUGGAGCACGAUGAGGUGCGUCUCUACAUGGACUGUGGAGAGGCCGAGAGGACUACUUUCCAUCGGAGGCCAGAGAGACUCACCUUCCAACACAAUUCAGGCAUUUUCGUGGCUAAUGCAGGAAGCACGGGUCUUGACGUGUUUGAGGGUUCCAUUCAGCAGCUGGUGAUAAAAGAUGAUCCCAGAGCAGCUGAAGAGCAGUGUGAAGAUGAUGAUCCUUAUGCAUCGGGAUACACCAGUGGAGAUGAUGCCCUGGAUGACAGAGAAACAGAGGAGGAAAUUAUGAAGAACACUCAUGAGAGGAAACAUGGCACAGCACAGGAGGAGGACAGUGUUCCGGUCAGAGCUCCACCCACUGAGCCUCCAGAGGUGGAGCUGGAUGAGUACUCUGGUCAGCAGACCCCAACAGAGGCCAAAGAAGAAAUGCUAAUAAGAGGGCCACACCGGACUGAGGAGCCAGGGGAGCGAUCAGGAGAUGGUCGCAUCAGGCCUGGAUUAAAAGGAGAGCGUGGAGAUCCUGGUCCCCGAGGCCCACCUGGCCCACCCGGGCACCCAGGCCCCACCCCUUUACCUGGGCAAGCACAGCCUGGCCCAAGAGGAACAAAAGGACCACCAGGAGCCCCUGGAUCCCAAGGACUGCCAGGGAAAGAUGGACAGCAGGGAAGCAAGGGUGAAAAAGGAGACCCAGGUGAGAGGGGAGCUCAGGGAUUUCCAGGUUUGAAGGGAGAAACUGGAAUCAAAGGAGAAAAGGGAGACUCUGGAGUUGGUAUACCAGGCCCUCCUGGCCUCCCUGGGCCUCCUGGACCCCCCAGAUCACGAAGUGUACCCUAUGGAGCAGAUGCACUGGGUUCUGGCUUUGAGGACCUGGACAGUGACACUGAACUCAUCAGGGGUCAGCCUGCCACCGGGCCUCCUGGACCUCCCGGCCCCCCUGGGCCCUCUGGCCGCCUGUCAUCGUCUGACACAGCUGAAGGCCUGUCUUCAGGGCAUGCUGGAUCACCUGGUACCCCUGGCAGAGACGGGAUCCCAGGCAAUCCUGGAAUACCGGGUCCAGCAGGAAGGGAUGGAGCUCCAGGUCUACCAGGAGCAGCAGGAGAGAAGGGUGACCAAGGGUUAACUGGGCCACCUGGACCAAAGGGUGAAUGUGGGCAUGAGGGUACAGCAGGCUCCUCAGGGCCUCCAGGGCCAAGUGGUCCCCCGGGAAAGAGGGGACCACCAGGUUCCCCAGGACCCGCUGGCCCUCCCGGACCUCCAGGAACCAAAUUCUUUGUAGAGGAUAUGGAGGGAUCUGGGAAGAGUGACAUGCUGAUUGGAGCUGGAGUCGGAGGCCCACAAGGUCCCCCCGGUUUACCUGGCCCACAGGGACCCAAGGGUGAGGAUGGAGCCACAGGUGCUCCAGGGCUCUCUGUCAAGGGUGAGCCAGGGGACCCAGGGCCAGAGGGUCUUCAAGGCCCUGCAGGACUACCAGGUGCUAGGGGGGCCAAAGGAGAAAAGGGCAAUCCAGGACCCAAGGGUGAUCGAGGUGCUGAUGGACUCAGUAUCCCAGGACCACCUGGGCCUCCUGGACCUCCUGGACCAAUCUUUAAUCUGUCAGAUCUGCUGCUCAAUGUCACAGAUGGGAUCUUCAACUUCACAGAGAUCAGGGGACCACCAGGGCCCCUGGGCCCUGAAGGCUUGCCUGGCAGAGCUGGAUUUCCUGGCCCAAGGGGACCUAAGGGGGACAUAGGCCCUCCAGGUUUUCUAGGGCCAUUAGGGCCCAAGGGAGAGAAGGGUGAGCCGGGCGUGACCAUUGCUGCUGAUGGAUCCCUCUUGUCAGCGCCGAGAGGUCCCCAGGGGCCCAAAGGCAUCAAGGGUGACCGUGGGUUCCCUGGACCUGCUGGACGCAUGGGCCCAAUAGGACCGCAAGGACAAAAAGGAGAAUAUGGCUUCCCUGGUCGCGCAGGGCGGUCUGGUAUGCCUGGGAGGAAAGGUGACAAAGGAGAUUCUGUCGGCCAACCGGGACCUCCAGGUCCCCCGGGCCCACCUGGAGCUCCAGGGAGAGUUAUUGGGCUAAAAGGAACAGUGUUUCCGGUGCGCCCCCGACCGCACUGCAAAAACGGAAGAGAGUCAGCAACAGGGGGAGGUUCAGUUGGAGCUAAAGGAGAAAAAGGAGAUAUGGGACUACCUGGCGAGCCAGGCUCAUCUGCACCUGCAUAUCCAGAUGGAAUUGUGGGUGCUAGAGGCGAUCAGGGAUACCAAGGUCAGAAGGGAGAAAAGGGUGAUGAAGGUCUGCCUGGUCCUCCAGGACUGCCUGGGAGAUCAGGACUGGUGGGUCCAAAAGGUGAUUCUAUCGUGGGUCCUCCAGGACCUGUUGGUGCUACAGGUCAGGCCGGAGCCCCUGGGUUGGGACGACCUGGUCCCAGAGGGCCCCCUGGCCCUGCUGGACCCCCAGGGGUUGCAGAUGCAUAUGGAUCAGGUGUCAGUAUUCCCGGCCCUCCUGGUCCUCCCGGCCCACCAGGAUCUCCAGGAUAUGCCAACCCGGUGACGACCUAUAAGACGAGCCAUGCUCUGAGCAGAGAGACUCACCGGGCAGCAGAGGGAACCUUGGCCUACGUGUCUGAGAAGGGAGGAGAGCUAUACAUCAGAACACGCAAUGGCUGGCGCAAGAUCCAGCUCGGAGAGUUAAUAAUUUCUGGACCUUCUGCCUCGGCGGCGUCUCAGUCCCUGAGCAGACCUGGAGAAUUGAGCAGACCACAAAGGAUCCACAGCCAGGAGCUACAAGAGGGCAGUAGAGGAUAUCAGCCCAGCUACAAUGUGCUACCACAGACCUUCAACGCUAUACCUGGGCUCCAUCUGGUAGCACUGAACGCCCCGCUGAAAGGGGACAUGCGUGGCAUCCGGGGCGCAGACUUCCAGUGCUAUCAACAGGCACGCUCCAUGGGGCUAACAACCACCUACAGGGCCUUCCUGUCCUCACACCUCCAGGACCUGGCGACUAUCGUGAGGAAAGCAGACCGCACUGACAUGCCCGUGGUAAACCUCAGGGGUGAAGUGUUAUUCAGUAGUUGGAUGUCCAUCUUCUCUGGAAAUGGAGGCACAUUUAACCCGUCCACGCCCAUUUACUCCUUUGACGGACGAAACGUGAUGACAGACUCAGCAUGGUGA